CAAAGCAAACAAAUGAAAAAUGGAUCCUUUUACACAGCGCAUGCUUGAAAAGGCAGAACAACGCAGCCGUGCCUUGGGUAUUUCCAGUACAGAUGCCAGUCGAUUCCCUUGCGGAGAUGCCAAUACCUCAUCGUCGUCAAUGGCUUCAACCAUUAGUACAGGCAGCAUGCUGGGCAGCGGCGUCGGCGCCGCUUGUGCAACAACAAUGGCGUUAGCUUCGCAACAAAAACAACAGCUGCCCUUGCAUUCUUCAGCAAACACAACAUCGUCGACUGGCAGUGGUGGAGGCGCUGUAAAUAAAUUGCAUGUUGUGGAGAAAACUAUGGAAACAAUGGCAUCAAAUACAACAAAAAAUAACGCCGCAAAUGGAUCGCCACGUAAAGUCUUAAGACAAUUUUCAGCCGUGGAUAAGGAAAAUGUUGAUUUGGGCAUUGAGAUUAAUAUAAUGACGGAUAAAAAUGUUGAGGUUCAAGUUCAAGUUGAAGAACAAGAAAUAACUGACGAUGAUGAUUACAGCAAACAUAUGGCGAAAAUCGGUAACAUUGGCACAACCGAGGGUACGCAAAAAGUUGUCGUCAAUGAACCAGCCGUAAAAAUUCGUGAUACUUCACGGAAUCGUUUACAACGCUUGGGUGCUUUAUAUUCUGACAAAGAUGAUUUAUCAUCUCCCAUACAUCGCACCGAAGCCAAUUUCCAUGCUGACAAUAAAGACGAAACCGAUAUGGAUAAUCAUUUGAAUAAACCAAAACAACGUUUUGGUAAAUUGGCUGCUUUGGCCAGUACCAUAAAUCAAUGGGAAGAUGAUACCUCACAUCAUGUCAUCACUCCUACGACGGAGGUGGCAAAAGUACCACCACCAAAACCUGAUUUACCAAGUCGUGGACGUUUGAGGCCCGAGGGUCAUGUUAAAGCGCAAGCACCACAGCCACCCAAGGAUCAAACGCCCAAAUCACCCAAGGCCCAACAGGCACCAAAAUCACCCAAAGCCCAACAUGCACCCAAGUCACCCAAAGCCCAACAGGCACCUAAAUCACCCAAAAACCUUGCUCCCAAAUCUCCCAAAGACAAGGAACAAAAAACCAAACAAUUAAAAUGGGAUCCGAAGGUUUUAAAUUCCCUGGAGGCCCAAGGUUUCCAAAGACGUGAGUCAUCCACCGUUAAGGUAUCCUAUGACUUUAAAGAUGAUGAAGAAAUGAAAGAUGACGAACCACAAACCACUACCAGUGCUGUAGUAAAAUCAACGGAAAACGCUAAAGAAGAAAAACGUGUUGUUGGAAAAUUGGAUACAGCCAAAUUUAAUGUUCUUAACUCAAAUGACCAAAAGAAACCACCAGUGGCAGAGAAAAAAAUACCAGCUGUUAAGACGGGAAUGGUAUCGGGCAGGGCAGCCAUAUUCGAGGCUCAAGCAAAUCAGCAUCAACAACAGCAAAAGCCACAAAAAGAUCCCACUGAAUUGUCGCUGAAGGAGCGCAUGAAACUUUUCGAAAAGAACAAAGGAGAAGCCCUGAUUCCUAAGGCUGCUUUUGGUAUGGCACCACCUCUAAGUAAAAUAUUACAGGAUUCGCAUAAUAAAAAGGAGGAACAACAUACAAAAGUUACAACAAGCACGACAGCUGCACACAGUAAUACAAAAACAAAUCCUCCACCGUCUGCAGAACCAGUAUUAGUUAAAACAAAACCUGAGAGUAAAUUGCGAGAUAAAGUUGCAGCUAUUUUUGGUUCGACACAAUCUGAGAAUAAGAUUAAGGAAGACAUACGUAAACAACGUGAAGAAGAAAUGCAAUUGCUGGCCAAUCGUUUUAAUAAACAAAAAGAGAUUUUUGCACAACAGCAGCAGCAGCAUCAACACCCAACUACUUCUACAAAAGAUCAGGAAUUACGGGAAUUAGCACAACAAGCCCAAGUUAAGGCAGCUGCAGCAUCAUUAAUUACAUCGUCAUCAUCGACCACAAGACCACAUGCACCACCGCCACCACCUCCAUUGCCAGCUGCUGGUGGAAGCCAACAGCAGACUAUCAAAAGAAGAUCACCUGGUGAUGCAAUUGAUGGCGCUGGAGAAGAUAGUAAACGUGUACGCACAAAUCGUUUAUACCCGGCUUUGUCUGAUCUUGAAUCAAAUGAAUCAUUUUCGGAUAAUGAAAAUAAUUACUGUAAUGCCGGCACCGUUUCGGCUCUAAGUACAGCUGAUGAAAUGAAGGCCUCGCUGGAACCAUUACGUGGCCAUGAAGCUGCUGCUGCAGAUGAUGAUGACAACGAAGACAGUUAUAUGGAAACUGAAACUGAAGACAGCAGUGUUGGUAUUUGCAAUGGUAGUUUAGGACGUGAAAUAAUGCAAGUUGUACAAAAGAAUGAUAAGCAAAUGACAAAUAUCAAGGAAGUUAGAUAUGCCGAUAAAGAUGAAUACUUUGAAGAUGCCACCCGUGAUUCAUCAUUAAAUUCUUCAGCCGCCUCAAUGGGUAUGGAUGAUUAUUUAGAUGAAGCCCUGGAAGAAAAUGAAGAUGGUGAUGAUGAUAUUACACAAGAUGAAGAAGAUGAUGAAAAUAAUAGUCGUUUAUCGAAGGGGAGCAAAGGAACAACUGCAUCUAAUAGCUUUAGUUUCCGCAAAGCAAAUACCCCCAAUAGACAGGCCACAUAUCAAACUAUUCACGAGGAACAUGGUGACGAUCAUCAACAAUCAUCAUCCAUGAAGGCGGAAAAUUCGAAUGAAAAUUUUGGGGAUGCUACCACAUCAUCUUAUAUGCAUCCAGUGAAAUCGGAAUUGAGCAUAAAUAAGGAAAAUGAAAAUGUUGUAACAUUGGUGCACACGGUCAGCUUUUAUCGUCGUCAACAAAGUGCAAAUAGUGCCAAUUCAACACCGAUACGUAAAAUAUGUCGUGAACAGCAAGUUUUGCGUUCAGCCAUGGAAAAACUAGAAACUAAAGGUGUUGGAGAACAAGUACAUUUUGUACACGAAACCGUCAACGAUGAGAGUGACGAAGAAAGCCAUUCGGAAGCUGAACAAGAUGAUUCGCAUUUGGUGCAGGAAAAAAUCAAGAAACUUUUGGAAGAAGUUUGUAAGCAGCAACAGGUUAUUGCACAGACCAGUCAAGCUUUGAAUUUGUGUGCAGCUACAAUUGAGUUUUCGGGCUCCACCGAAUCCGUGGAGGGUGAACGACAUCUUUUGGUGGCAACCCAUCGCCGCCAAGCCUGUCUGGAUGAAGUACAACGUUUACGUGUUGAGAAAACUUUACGCCCCUUGGGAGCACCCCGUGAAAAGGGUCGUCUAACCGUAAAGGAAAUUACCAUUCCUCUUCGACAAGAUUACAUACGUAAAUUGGCAGCUGAUACUAUUUCAGGUCAUCAUCUCGUUUGCUUGCUUAAAUAUAAUGAACAUGUUUUAGCAACCAAAACAGUGCCCACAUUACCUGGCCUUUUGGCGGUUAAAUUCCCAGAUGUUUUGCAAUUGAAUAAUGUCUAUGCUGACUUUAGAGUAACUUUGGAAAUUUAUGGAAUGACUGCGCAGAGAGAAGUUCUACCCCAUGAAGUUAAAUACCACAUAAAUUUAAAUAAGAAAUCUGGUGCAAAGACACCCAAAAAGAAGGGAUCCGAUAACCGUCUGAUUAUGCCACCAGUACAGAGUCCAGCUGGUCCUCAUGCAGUGCGUACACCUGCCUUGGUACAAUAUGGUUUUGCCAUAUUCUCGUUGAGAGAAAUACAAAGAACCUCAUGGACGUUAACCCAGGUUUUGGGUGUUAGCCCCUUGGAAGGUGUCGUCCAUAUGAAGGUCAAUUGUGAACUGUCGGUAUCAGUGGAGUACAAAGGAUUCCUCACCAUGUUUGAAGAUAUUUCCGGCUUUGGAGCAUGGCACAGACGUUGGUGUCAUUUAAAUGGCACCAUGUUAAACUACUGGAAAUAUCCUGAUGAUGAAAAGAAAAAGGCUCCAAUGGGUUCCAUUGAUUUGUAUACCUGUUCAUCGCAAAAAGUAAAUACAGCGCCGCGGGAUAUCUGUGCUCGUUUGAACACCAUGCUAUUGGAGUGCCAAAGACCGGCACGUGAAACAGAUCAAGAAUCAUUGGUCAUUGUGCCAAAUGGUCGCACCACAACUGUUAGAUAUCUGCUAUCUGCAGAUACUAAGGAAGAGCGUGAAGAAUGGUGUGCAUAUUUCAAUAAAGCCUUAACAUUAUUAAGAGCAUGGGGACCACCACAGUAA